GUAUUUCAUCAUAAGAAAUUAAAAGUUCCGCUUUCAAAUUUGCUGAGCGGUGAGAUAUAAUAAAUUAUAAACAAUUAUAUUAUAAAUUUAAUUUGUUUUCCUCUAGCUCCGUUGCUUGAUUCAAUAGAUUUCCAUUCUUCAACUUUACCUGUAAUUUCUUAUUGGGAAGUGUUAAAUACUAUUAAUAAAAUGUCUAGUGAUUCAGUCCUAUUAGAGCUGAAAAAUGCAGUGAAAGAUUAUCCUGACUUUCCCAAGAAAGGCAUAUUAUUUAAGGACUUUCUUCCAAUAUUCCAGAAACCCAAACUUGUGAAUGAUAUGAUUUCUGCAUUCCAAGAAUACUUGCAACUUAAUGUUCCAGAUGUAGACUGCAUUGCAGGAAUUGAAUCCCGUGGAUUUUUGAUAGGUCCUGCUUUGUCACUAAAGCUUCAAGUCCCAUUCAUACCAAUCCGUAAACCUGGAAAAUUACCCGGAGAAGUGAAAAAGGAAACUUACUCUUUAGAAUAUGGAACCGAUGCUGUAGAAAUUCAGUGUGAAACUCUUAAAGACAAACAUAAAGUUGUAAUAGUGGAUGAUUUGUUAGCAACUGGAGGUACGAUGGCAGCAUCUGUUAAAUUGAUAAAAAGUUUAGGAGUUGAAGUAGCUGCAUGUCUGGUUGUAAUUGAAUUAAGUGACCUUAAGGGAAGAGAAAAGAUAUCAGAAACUGUUCAUUCUCUUAUUCAAUAUUGAAUUUUAAUCACAAUUUGACAAAACCAAAGAUUGAGAGGGCUUACAAUUUUUGAAUACUUAAUUUUGCUGUUGUGUAUAUAAAAUUAUAUAAUUUUAUACAUUUUUAUUUUGUGUGAUUUUUAAGGCGAGAUUUAUUAUAUUAUUGCAUCAAAUAAAUUGUUCAGAAUCAUUCAA